AUAUUUUUCUGUUGGCCAUCUUUCAAUUUUUAUUAUUUGUAAAUGUGUAUUUAAUUCCUUCUGUUUGUCUUAUUUUACUCGUAAUUUUUCCAUAUAGGAUUUUCAAUUUACAUACCUCAUUUCCCUAUUUAACAAUUUUUUUCUCUACGUUUACUCUAAAAUUGAGCCACAUAGCCGCUCAUUCAUUUAUUUUUUAAAAUUCCCUUCGUCUCAAUUUACUCGGAAUUUUCCAUAUAGGGUUUCCAAUUUACAUACCCCAUUUCCCUGUUUAACAAAUUUUCUAUGAACUUUUUCUCUUUAGUUGGGCCACAUAUUCACUCAUCUAUUUUGUUCUUUCUAAUUUUUUACUUGCAUAAAAUCUUGUGUGAAUGGUUAUAACGAAGAGAGUAUAUAAUAAAACGCGACCCGCAACACUUGCUUCACUUGUUAUUGGUCCCUCCCUCCACCAAAAAUACAAACUCCAUCCCCUCCUCCCUUAUUAAAUUCCCCUGCUUUUUUUUUCAUCACCUCUCACAUUAUUUCUCAAAAUACAAAGAUGAUACACACAAAAUCAGAGUCAGAUUUAACAAGUUCAGCACCAUCAUCACCUUCAAGAUCACCAAAAAGGCCAAUAUACUAUGUACAAAGUCCAUCAAGAGACUCACAUGAUGGGGAUAACAAGUCAGCUUCAUUACAAGCAACUCCUAUGUACAAUAGUCCUAUGGAGUCCCCUUUACAUCCUUCCAUGGGUAGGCAUUCAAGGAACUCAUCCGCAAGCCGGUUUUCGGGUGUGUUUCGGUCUUCCUCGGGGCUAAAAGGAAGCCGAAGGAGGAAUGAGAAAGGGUGGCCUGAAUGUAAUGUGAUUCUUGAAGAAGGUAACUAUGAUGGUGUUGAUGAGAAAGGGUUGUCAAGAAGGGUUCAAGCCUUAAUUGGGGUGUUUAGCUUUGUUGUGUUGUUUACUUUGUUUUGCUUGAUCAUUUGGGGUGCUAGUAGACCUUUUAAAACUCAAGUCACUUUGAAGAGCUUAGCAGUACACUACUUCUCUGUAUCAGAGGCAACGGAUUUCUCCGGUGUACCUACGAGAGUAAUGACGUUCAAUGGCUCACUGAAACUAGGCAUACACAAUCCUGCUACAUUUUUCGGCAUCCAUGUUAGUUCAACUCCCAUUGCUCUUCUCUAUUCGGAGAUUACAGUUGCUACUGGUCAGUUACUGAAACACUAUCAGCCAAGAAAGAGUCGAAGGACUACUUCAAUUACAGUAUAUGGAGACAAGGUACCGUUGUAUGGUGCUGGAUCAAGUGUAGAUGUCUCUAAUGAGCAUGGUGGCCAGGUUCCGUUCAUUCUAGAAACGGAGAUCCAUUCUCGAGGUUAUGUCGUAGGGAAGCUAGUGAGAACGAGGCAUCGUUUGCACGUAUCCUGCAACGUUACAGUCGAUUAUCUAAACACCAAGACUAUCAAAUUUAGGAAGAAUACUUGUUCAUACUUUUGAUCAAAUGCUUAAUUUGGGUAAUGCAAGAGUUGCCAAUUUGUCAUAGUUUUGGGAAGUGUAUAUAGUGAUAUUUGUAUGUAGAUAACUAGCUAGAUGUCUUGUGUAUUCAAAAGUUCUCUUUUUAAUUUUCUUUUCUUUUCUUUUCUAAUUUAGAUUACAACUUAUUUAAUUUUUGACUCUUUGUUAUAUGAUUGGCAAAUGAAUAAAAGAAGAUAUUGUUUGUGAAGCUUUA